GAGGAAAAUAAUCGGCAACAGCAGCAGCAGAAGCAGCAGCAACAAGAAAGCUAACAACUGCACACAAACCGCAACAUAAUGGCAGCAUAUUUGGACCUUGGCAGCUGGGACUUGGCCUGCUCCACCAAUAACAUCGGGCACCAUACGGAUCUCAACGGACUGGACCGCCUGAUCGUGAGAAGAGGCCAGGCGUUCACCAUCAACCUCUGCCUGCGCUCUGGAGAGUACGAACCGGGCAAACACUCACUCAGCCUCAUCGCAGAGACAGGACAGCAGCCAUCGGAGGAGUCAUGCACCAGGGCCGUGUUCUGCGUGAGCGACGAGCUCGACGAGACGAGGUGGAGUGCCACGGUCAAAAGCCCCUCCUCCGGCUGGCUCGCCCUGACCAUCAGCGCCGCGCCCGACGCGCCCAUCGGCCGCUACUCACUGACCCUGGAUCAGUUCGGCUACAAGGUCAACCUGGGCGAGUUCCUGAUGCUCUUCAACCCCUGGUGUCCCAGAGAUGCAGUGUAUAUGGCUGAUGAGGAGGCCCUCAAAGAAUACGUGCUCGCUCAGGAUGGGAUUAUUUUCAGGGGCAGCUACAAAUACCCCAUCGGCAGCGCAUGGGAAUUUGGACAGUACGAGAAAGGGAUCCUAGACGCGUGCCUGAGGAUGUUGGAAGUGAAUCCAAAGUGCUUGAGGAACCCACCAGAGGACUGUGCUGCAAGGAGCAACCCUGUGUAUGUGACCAGAGUCAUCAGUGCAAUGGUGAACUCAAACGAUCGGGACUAUGGAGUGCUGACGGGGAAGUGGCAGGAGCCCUUUGAUGACGGUGUCAGCCCCAUGUCCUGGAGGGGCAGCGUGGAGAUCCUGCAGAAUUGGCACCAGGCAGGUUGCAGGGCCGUGCGCUACGGCCAGUGCUGGGUGUUUGCCGCCGUGGCCUGCUCAGUGGCCCGGGCUCUGGGCAUUCCUUGCAGAGUCAUCACCAACUACCUCUCUGCCCAUGACACUAAUCAAAACCUGGUGAUCGAGCGCUACAUAGACGAGAAGGGUCAGCCUAUCAACCGCACCAGAGACAGCAUUUGGAACUAUCACUGCUGGGUGGAGUCCUGGAUGAAUCGGUCGGAUCUCCCUGCUGGCUAUGAUGGAUGGCAGGCCAGCGAUUCUACACCGCAGGAGAAGAGUGAGAAUGUGUUUUGCUGUGGUCCAGUCCCUCUCAAGGCCAUAAAAGAGGGCCAGCUGAACAUGAAAUAUGAUGCUCCAUUCGUGUUUGCGGAGGUGAACGCUGACGUGAGGACUUUUAUGAAACGGCCCGAUGGGACCACCGAGGAGGUCAUCAGCUCGGCCUUCGUUGGCAAGUUCAUCUCCACCAAGAGCGUUGGCAGUGACCAGAGGGAGGACAUCACACACCUGUACAAAUACCCAGAGGGGUCUGAGGAGGAAAGGGAGUCUUUCAAGAGAGCCGAGCACAUGAUCAAACUCGAGGAGGACAAGGAGGUCGGCCUGGACGUCAAGAUCAAGGUCAGUUCGUCCAUGAGGAAGGGCUGCGACUUUGACGUGUUCGCCGUGGUCAAGAACAAAACGGCGAGCGACAAGAAGUGCCGCCUGGUUUUCGCCUCUCGCGCAGCUUCCUACAGCGGUAUCCUGGGAGCCGAUUGUGGCUACAAGGACCUACUCAAUGUGGAGCUUCCCCCAGAAGGAGAGCGGUCAGUGCCCUUGCGGUUGAACUACAAUAAGUAUUGCGACUCCCUGACUGAGGACAACCUGAUCCGCCUGGUAGCUCUCCUUGUCGACCGAGGCAACGGCGACAUGAUCCUGGCUGUCAGAAAUAUAGUCCUGGAGAACCCCGAAAUCAAGAUCCGGGUUCUAGGAGAGCCCAAGGUGAACCGUAAACUGGCUGCAGAAAUCACGGUGCAGAAUCCGCUGCCUGUUCCCCUCACCGGCUGCUGCUUCAAGGUGGAGGGAGCCAACCUCACUGAAGGCAAAACCAUCACAGAGAAGCUCUCAUCUACGGUGGAGGCAGGUCAGGAGGCCAAGAUCAAAGUGUACUUCACACCAAGCCACUGGGGCCUGAGGAAGCUGGUGGUGGACUUCGACAGCGACAAGCUCUGCCACGUCCAGGGAUACAGGAAUGUGAUCAUCGGAAAGUAACUUGGCUCUCAUCCAACCAUCGAUCACAGAAAAACCUUUGAAAUAGAAUUUUAUAAAAGAGAAUAUGAACUAAAAUAAGGGACAACUUUGGAGGGAAUAUGAAGGUGACACCAUAUUAUAUAGAGCCUUUGGUUUUAAUGGAGCGAAAUGUUAACAUAUGUUUUGUAGGUCUGCCAAAUACCUUUACCUGUGGUGGAAAAAUGUAUUUGAAAUUCAGUCUUCUAAAUAAAUCUACUUUUGUAUUCCAUGUCGUGUACAAUGUGUAAAAGAACCACAUUGACCAAUUAUAUUUCAGUCAGCAUUCAUUAUUUUUCUAGUAGCCUAUACUCUGAUUUGUGUCUUCCAGCAUUAGAGAGUACAAAAUGCUCUCUCUCUGCUCCACAUAUGUGGAAAGUAUUACAGAAAAAGCAAUGCAAAAUGUAGGCCUAUCUAUUAUUUGUCAUGACACAGAGAUCUAAUACGAUUUUUCUAUGAACGCCAUAUUGUGUAUGUAUUUUUUUAUUAAAGAGAUGUUGCAAAUGUC